AGGUUUCAUGAUAUCUGGGAAGGUGACAGCUGUUGGAACUGGCUCAGGAACAUGUCAUUAAAUUUUUCAUGUGUUUUUUCCUUGCAUGUAACUGUGGCUCUUCAUGCCCCUCCCAUUCUGGCAGCCCUGCCCUUCUGUUGUGAUGCAUGUGAGCACAUGAGGUAUAUAAGUCACAGGACACAGGUGCUGCUGCUGCUCUGUCAUCAACUACUGUGGAUGGAACAUAAUCUAGACCCAUGGUGCCCAGGAUCUUCGUUGCUGUCCUCGUUUUCAGACUCCUGUGCUCACACUCAGAAGGAGUCCCAGAUACUGGACAAUGGAUGUGCCAGCCAGCACCCAAGUGUGGGGAUGAGAUCUACAACCCCUUGGAGCACUGCUGUGAUGAAGGGACUGUCCUGCCCUUGAAUGAGACCCGCCUGUGUGGCCCCAACUGUACUUUCUGGCCCUGCUUCCAGCACUGCUGCCUGGAGACCUUGGACUCUCAGAGACAGGCUGUUGUGAGGUUUAAGGUCCCAGGCACAAAGUCCAACUGCACCUCUGCCCCCCUCACCAGGAUCUGUGCUCAGAAAUAUCUGCCCAACAAGUCCUCUACCAGAGCUGGAUUUAUCUGGACCAUCCUGAGGAACACAGACACAGGACACUCAAGACUGUGAUAUUUAUGAAGAUUUAUCGACACUUGGUAAGUUAUGUAAUGUCUCAUCUCUGGAGUGUACACCUGAAACUAAU